UAUCUUAUCUAUUUAUUUUAUUAGAAAGUGACGCACCGCACUGCAAUUUUGAAUUUUGAUCAGUUAACUUCGUUGGUGUUUGCAUUGCAGCGCUUCUUGUAUUUGCUUGAUGCGAACGUGACCUACUGAGUGUUCGUUUUUUCGACACAUCUAAUCAGGAUUGCUGUAUGAAGCCUUCUUCUCCAACGAUGAGUCUUCUAGGAUUCUCAGUUUUGGGGAUUUCAGUUGUUUGUGCUGUUGCAUACUUCAUUUGGCAACGAAAAAAAAAUCAACCAAAGAUAACACUUCUGGAUCCUGAUGUCAAAUAUCCACUUAGAUUGGCUGAUAAAGAAAUUGUUUCUCAUGAUACAAGGCGUUUCGUGUUCACUUUACCAUCAUCAGAGCAUAUCCUUGGUCUACCUAUCGGACAGCAUAUCUACUUAUCAGCUGUUAUCAAUGGAAAACUGAUAAUUAGGCCAUACACCCCGGUGACAUCUGAUAAAGAUAAAGGACACAUGGAUCUUGUUGUCAAGGUUUAUUUCAAAGAUGUUCACCCCAAGUUCCCAGAAGGAGGAAAAAUGUCUCAAUAUUUGGAAAGUCUCCGCAUCGGGGAUACAAUUGAUGUUCGAGGGCCGAAUGGGCUUCUUAUUUAUGAAAAACCUGGUUUGUUUUCCAUCAAACCUGAUAAAAAGUCGGAGCCGAUGAAAAAAAGUGUUCGAAAAAUUGGAAUGAUAGCAGGAGGAACCGGAAUUACUCCAAUGUUACAGAUCGUACAUCAAAGUCUGACAGAUCCUGAUGAUUCCUGCUUGCUAUGGUUGCUGUUUGCUAAUCAGACUGAGAAAGAUAUUCUAGUCAGAGAAGAAUUGGAAGAGUUUGUGGCUUCCUAUCCUGAUCGAUUCAAAUUAUGGUACACGUUGGACAACCCAAAAGAUGAUUGGCAAUAUUCUUCCGGCUUCAUCAGUGAAGAUAUGAUACGGGAACAUCUUCCACCUCCAGCAGAGGACACUAUCAUCCUCAUGUGUGGGCCGCCUCCCAUGAUAAAGUUUGCUUGCAUCCCUAACCUGGAUAAAAUAGGAUUCAGACAAGACCAGAGAUUCUCUUAUUAAGACUGCAGUUAUUAAUAUUGAGAUUCUAGGAUAAUUUUGUUAUUCAGUAAUGAAAAAAAGAAAAGAUUUAAUUUUUAUGAUUUUGUGGAUUCUGAAUCAGGUACGUUUGAAUUUGCUGCAACGGAAGCAGAAACAUUGUCCUGAUGAAUAAAGUGGGUUCAAGAUAUACACCAGUAAUUCCCGAUUUUUUUUCCCGAUGGCCCACUGUUUAUCAUUUCAGUGGUAUUUAGAGUGUUAAUAUGAUUUGUAGAUUCCAAAACCCAUUAUGUUCGAAUAAGUUAUGCUCAACAAAGUGAAAAUGCAUAGUGAAAUAAACUUAUCAAGCACUGAAAUGAGUAGUUUUCUUGUAAAAGGAAAUGUACCUGCUCUGUGGCCCCCUUGGGGGGGGGGGGGGUGUUCUCAGAAAAUCCAAAACCUUCACUUCAAAGCAAGUCACUUUUUUGAUAAAACUUGCUGUCACUUGUUAGAGAACUCCACUCUGUCAUAAUUUUUCCGACUAAAUUGUACCAGAAUUAAUCGUAUGUCGCUGCUCGGUAACCAUUUUGUUUUCUUGUAUUAGUGAGAUUAUAGGAUAACUUUAGUAUUUAGUGAGAACAAAAAGUCAUUUUUAUGAUUUUUGAAUUCUUUUGUAUGUUUAAUUUGUUGCAAUUUACUGCACAAAAAGUAGGAUG